CAAAUUCCAUCAUACCACAGUACGGCGUGCAGAGUUCACUAUCUCUAUAAAUCAAACCACAAGACGAGAUGGUUGCAGCGAUCAAAACCCCUAAUCCAUCAUCUCAGAAAUACAAAAUAAGAAGCCAUGUCUAGCACAGCUGGAAAAGUCAUUCGCUGCAAAGCCGCGGUGGCAUGGGAAGCAGCGAAGCCACUGUCGAUUGAAGAAGUGGAAGUGGCUCCACCACAGGCUAAUGAAGUUCGCUUGAAGAUCCUCUUUACCUCUUUAUGCCACACCGAUGUUUACUUUUGGGAAGCUAAGGGACAAACACCUUUGUUUCCACGCAUAUACGGUCAUGAAGCUGGAGGAAUUGUGGAGAGCGUAGGUCCUGGUGUGACUGAUCUCCAGCCAGGUGACCAUGUCCUACCAGUAUUCACUGGGGAGUGUGGGGAUUGCAGACACUGUAAAUCAGAAGAGAGCAACAUGUGUGAUCUCCUCAGGAUCAAUACUGAUAGGGGUGUUAUGCUCACUGAUGGAAAAUCAAGGUUCUCUAUUAACGGAAAGCCAAUUUACCAUUUUCUUGGCGGUUCCACUUUUAGUGAAUACACUGUCUGCCAUAUUGGGACUGUUGCCAAGAUCAACCCUGCUGCCCCUCUAGACAAAGUUUGUAUUCUUAGCUGUGGAAUAUCAACAGGCCUCGGCGCAGCUUUGAAUGUUGCAAAACCAAAGAAGGGCCACACUGUUGCGGUUUUUGGACUGGGUGCCGUUGGUCUCGCUGCUGCUGAGGGAGCCAGGUUAUCAGGGGCUUCGAGGAUUAUUGGUGUUGAUUUGAACCCCAGCAGAUUCAAAGAAGCAAAGAAGUUUGGUGUUACCGAGUUAAUAAACCCAAAAGAUCAUGACAAGCCAGUUCAACAGGUUAUUAUCGAGAUGACUGAUGGAGGAGUUGAUCGGAGUAUUGAGUGCACAGGAAAUGUCCAAGCCAUGAUCUCAGCAUUUGAAUGUGUUCAUGACGGUUGGGGUGUUGCAGUGCUUGUUGGUGUCCCGAGCAAAGAUGAUGAAUUCAAGACCCACCCAAUGAAUCUGUUAAAUGAGAGGACCCUUAAAGGGACCUUCUUUGGCAACUACAAGCCUCGCACUGAUCUUCCUGGCGUGGUGGAAAAAUAUAUGAAUAAGGAGCUGGAAGUGGAGAAAUUCAUCACUCACUCUAUUCCCUUCUCGGAGAUUAAUAAAGCAUUUGAUUACAUGCUGAAAGGAGAGGGUCUGAGGUGCAUUAUUCGCAUGGAGGGCUAGCCAAAGAACUGCAAGAUCCACCUGCUACAUGGAGGCCUCAGCUUUCGAUAUAGUAGAAAAAUAAUGCGAUGGCUUUUGGUUCUGGUUUUUUAUCAUUUGAAGAGAUAAAACAUAUAAGUUGUUCGCGGUUGCACUGUUGGUGGCGUUGGCCUUACGGCAUAUCAUAAACAGAGUUGGUUUUUUAUCUAUUUGAAUGCAUUAUUAUGUUCUCUUGUC